AUGAACGUCGAACUUGACUACGUGAAUAGGUAAGGACUACAUAUCCGAAUAGAAACGUUUCCUACCACGUCCAAAUUCUUCAUCCACAGUGAAAGUACUACUUUUAUCCGCAGCAGUCUCUCCAGUGGCCACUUUCUUGGUGUCUUUAUGCCGCCACUGACUGCGACAUCCGCCAUAACCCGCACAUACCCUGCCAACGGUCACCCCCCCCCCCACAGCUCUAAGCUGGGUAACCUCUUGUUCAAAUGUAUUAAGUCGCGGCUACGCGCAUGAACAUUCGCUGCCUUACGGGCGUCGGAGAGUAUUGCUUGUUACCGAUCAACUCUUGUCCUCACACUACACGACUCUGACCCCUACCUGUCCUACAUUUGGCCAGACAUUCUCGUAUGCAGCCACGGACAUGUGACAUCGGCGUAAACAACAGCGCCACGACUGACACUCGCCUGAAGGAACGCAUUGCUCCAACAAAAGCAAAAGCACGGCAACCUGCCCUGCGUUCAGACUAAACAUGUUCUCACAGCUGCCUGGCUUCUGACGUUAAAAGAUACGACAUUAUUGUGUGCGGCUACAGGCGACCUUACAUCAUUGACAGCCACAGAUGAAGAGCCAGUGUCACAUCUAUAUUGAUAAGCUCUGACAUAUUCACUCUGACAGUUCUCCUACUUUCGUGUGGAAUGAUGAUGAAUUAUAUCGCUUUUGGUAAUCUGUCAACGCAGCGACAUACCUUGGUGAGUUGUUUAUGUGUGCCUCUUUGUGUACUAAGCCUGCAUAUCAGAAAGUACCACGGCCUAGACCAACAGUAGAUGAACGCCUCUCUUCGGUUUUUCUAGGAUCAGUUGGGAAAUUAAGUGACAGUACAGGUAGAGCUAAACGCCUUCCACUUGGUUAUGAUAGCACUGUUACCAGUUUGGUUUUCUCAGUAAGCACACAAUACUACAGUAAACCGGCUGGUCAUGAGUGGCAGAAGUACUUUGUACUAAAGACAAAAGGCAAUCCGUGAACAAUUGUGUAUAUCAUCGUUGGCAAUACCAUACACUGCUGUAUGCGGUGGAUCAGUUCGGAUCGUAAUUAAUUUCACAAUUUUUCCUUAGGAAGUCGUCGUUUCCGAGCACUUCUACACAUGCCCACAUGCUGCUGGGUAUUCCUUCCCAGUAUGCAAAUGCAACCGUUCAACUAAGGUAGCAGUCACAAUCAAACGCCAUUAGCAUAUCCCUCAGAGCUUUAUGGUUUCCCAGACUUUAGUAUAUCUGUCAAAGUAACCUCCUCUGGCUUUUUCCUCGGGUCGAAAUUAAUAAAUGAUUUGGGCGAUUUCUUUUAGAUUCCAUUAUUGCGCUUCAUGGAUGGUCGACACGCAUUUCCUGUUUUAUUGUUUAUUAGUGCCGUUCAUUCUAGUCGGAUAACAGACAGGCACUACCACCAGAAACAAUUAGGUCCGUAAUAACCAUCGCACAGAACGGAGACCAAGGAGACACAGCAAAUUGAAACAUUUCUGUCGGACUUCUUACCGUUCACAGUCAUUUCUCAAAAGGAGAGGGUGCAACUGCUGCGUAUAACACGCUCGCCAAUAUCACAAAUGAGCAAGUUAAGUGGUGACUUUAUGUACAUUCGUAUAUUACGGUACUUGCCUGCAUUGCAGUUCAGUAUGACUGAUGAGAUCAUUGCUGUUGGCGCCGUAGAUAAUCUAAGUAAGACCUGCCCCUCCUGUAUAAAGUGUUCCGUACUCUGUAGCCGAAUGGCUCCUCUUAUUGUGUGGGGUCAGAGAUCAACCGCAUGUGCUGCGAGCGACUAUUCAACCUCCGAGUGUUUGCGCGGGCGUCCUUACUCAGUCUUUGCUUUGUUUGUUUAAUCACGCCUUCGCCUUCAGACAUCGCUUUUAAUUGCCGUAACAUUGUGAGUAAAUGUCAUUAAUGCCAAUCACGGCGGACAAGGUGAUGAAUGUUCGUACAUCCCAAAACUUUUUCCAACGUGUUGAAUUUACUAUGCAUUUCAAAACUUCAUUUGGGCACUUUAGGCUGAGGCCGAAUUCCAACAAUUUGCCUCCAAAGAGCGGGUCUCGACAGACAGUUUGCAUGCAGCACCGAGACUAUCUGGCUCACUAUAAGGGUACCAGGAUCACAUAGCCUUGAAGUUCUGACCGUCUAUCGACCACCGAGGAGCGACCCCGAGGCUGACGCUCGUCUGUUAGAGGAGCUAGGACGAUUUGCUCUCCGGCCUGACGUCCUAAUCAUGGGCGACUUCAAUGCACCGCUCAUUGAUUGGAGUUCACUAUACGCGCGCGGCCCAGAACUAGCUUUCGACCGACGCUUCUUGGACAUGGCACUCAGGUCAUUUCUCACACAGCACGUACUAUUUCCCACGAGGGUCCGUGAGGGGCAGCAGUCAAACUGCUUGGACUUGGUGCUCACGAAAUCGAUGGACGACAUAGAUGAGGUAAAAUGUCUGCCUUCCUUAGGUCGAAGCGAUCACGGGGUACUUCAAUGGGACUAUUCAAUCUUUUCCGUGCCUGAACAGCCCACCAAAAUUAGAAGAAAUAUUUGGCGUGGGGACUUCGAUCAAAUGAAGGCCGAAAAUAACAAUACGGACUGGGAAUCAGCGUUUUCCGGAAAUAUAGAGGAGGAUUGGAAAUGGUUCAGUGAAUUAUUGCAAGCUCUCCUGACAAACCACUGCCCGCUUUCACGGAAGGGGCUAAACAAACGACCCCGGUGGCUGACCCAGGCGUUAAAAAAGGAAAUAAAUAAAAAGCGGAGAUUGUAGCAGAAAUCUCUCACUGAUGGGACUCCUGUAUCCAUAAACGCAUACAAACUACAGAGGAACUUAGUCAAGCGGCUGACCCUCAGGACACGGCAAAAUUUUGAAAAAGACCUAUUGAAUCGUGCUAUGGAAAAUCCAAAAUUAUUUUACAGCUACAUAAGAAGCAGCACACGAAAUAGAGAUCCAAUCCCCCUUCUAAAGACAAGCGGAGGCGUAUAGAUUAGUGAGAAUGGAGAAUAAGCUGAGCACUUUUCACAAUUUUUUUAAAUAUAGCUUUACUAGUGAAAGUGCGUUUACUUCGACCGACUACGACUUCGAUGAGGGUCCAAAAAUUGAGUCUGUGUCUUUUGAUGAAGCGACGGUUAGCAAAGAGCUAAUGGCGCUAAAUGAGUCGAAAUCACCAGGUCCAGAAGACAUACAGCCUAAGUUACUGAAGGAGCUCGCAGCCGAACUAGCCAAACCAUUGUCCAUGCUUUUCCAAGCCUCGUUCGAGGCCGGCGGCUUGCCCGCCGACUGGAAAUCUGCGCGGAUCACACCAUUGCAUAAAGGAGGCAGCAAGGCCUCUGCAAACAAUUACAGGCCAAUAAGCCUCACUUCCAUCUGCUGCAAACUCAUGGAGAAAAUAAUCAAGCGAGAGCUGAUGCGCUUCCUAGAGCAGCAUAAUUUAUUAUCUGAUGCGCAGCAUGGGUUUCGUAGUGGCAGGUCUUGCGUGACUAACCUGCUCAACUGUUUGGAACGUUGGACUCGGUCAGUUGAUGAAGGCAAUGCGCUGCAUGUAGUCUAUAUCGACUUUAAAAAGGCGUUUGAUAGUGUCCCACAUCAGCGACUCCUGCACAAACUGAGCCGAACAGGCGUUAGGGGUAGCCUCUUAAAAUGGAUUCAAAGCUUCCUGUUAGACCGUUGUCAAACUGUCCAUGUCGGUGGCAAGCAGUCGACGGAGGUUGCCGUUGAAAGCGGUGUUCCCCAAGGCUCAGUUCUUGGUCCUACUUUGUUCAUCAUUUACGUCAACGAUUGCGUGAGUGAACUGGAUUGUGGUGUCGCCAUGUUUGCGGAUGACAUUAAGCUCUGGAGCGUCAUUCGAACUGCAGAUGCCGAAGAGCAUCUGCAGGCGAACCUAAAUCGACUCCAACAGCGGUCAAAGGCCUGGCUUCUGCCGUUCAACGAGAAAAAGUGUAAUAUUCUACGAGUCGGCAGAGCUCGCUCUCCGAUCCAUAUGGCCUAG